AUGGGCAGUGAGUGGCUCCUGCCCUGUGGGUGGGGGACGGGGCUCCCCAUCACGCCGAGAUGGUGCUCCUGGGGGAGCAUCAGCUCCAACCCAGCAGUGCCCAAUCACAGAUGCUCCCAGGCAGGGCUGUGCUGUCUCAUGCACGGUGCUUUAUUAAAAACCCUGGUUAAUUGUAUGAAGUCCUUGCCCUUGCCAUGGAGCCGAGGGGCGGUGGAGCAGAAGGGAACGGGCUUUGUCCCCCCGCCCAGCCCGGGGGCGGUGCGGCACGGCCGGAGCUCUCACCGCACAGCCGUCGCUCCUCAUCCAGUGUCCGCUGGAGCAGGGCAGAGCCAUCACCCCGCGGGGCUCGCAGGCUCCGGUGCCAUGCGGGGCCCGCUGCUCUGGGCGGGCUGCCUGCUGGCCGCCGCCUGCCUGGUAGGAGCCACGGGCAGCUGCCGGCAGCGCUGCUGCCCCGGCAGGAACAACGCCUGCUGGGCCCCCGGCGCCCGCCGGGCUCGCUGCUACUGCGACUCGUACUGCCAGAGGACGGGAGACUGCUGCCAGGACUACCUCACCUCGUGCCGCCGUGCCGCGGUGGGCUGUGCUGUGGGGCCCUGGGGGCCGUGGAGCGGGUGCAGCUCCCCGUGCGGGGUUGGCAGCAGGGCCCGCAGCCGCCAGGUCACUGUGCCGCCCCGGCACGGGGGCGAUCCCUGUCCUGACCUCAAGCAGCGCCGCGGCUGCCUGGGGCAGCACCCGACCUGCGGGACGGCCAAAGCUGCUCUUCUGCCAGAGGUAGCCAAGAUACUCCCCAACUCCUUCAGCCAGGACUUCAGAGAUCCCUGGCGAAGAGCUGUGCUGCCACUGCCGGAGGAGCCCUCUGGGUGGGAGCCCCGUGCCGCGGGCGCGCCUGGAGCCGCCGGCUGCAGCGGGACAAGCAGGUGUGUGUGGAGUGCUGGGGGAAUCUGCCCCACCGCCGCCCCCACUGCACUGGACACGGGCUGCAAGGAGCCAGGUAGGUGCUAAUCUGGGGCAUCCCCACCAUGGGAUCUCUCCUAAGGAACAUCUCUCCCUGUCUCUAAGGCAUUCUUCUUUUAUAUUGUACUUAUAAUAUUUCUGUACAAAGCUGUAAUUAUGUUUAAAAUGCCACACUGUAUACCAUCAUAUUAUUAAAUGAAUCAAUAAUAUAUCUAUAAAUCAAUAUUAUAAUAGAAAAAUAAACAUAUUAAAAUAGAAUAGACUAUCUCUGUUGGAAGGGACAAUGAUCAUCUGGUCCGACUGCCACUAUUAUAUAUAUAUAUAAUAUAAACCCAUAUAUAAAACUAUAUUUUAUUUUUAAAAAAUGUAUUUAUUAAUGGCACACCCUAGUUUUCACUGAUUUUCCCUUCCAGGACAUUUUGGGUGGCCGCUUCUGUGGUGGGGUGCCAGGGCUCGUGGGUGCAGGAGAGCCUGCAGGAGGGGUGUGUCUGCUCCCCACCAGCUCUCAUCUUUGUGUAGGAUCCCCCUGGGAAGGUGAGCUGAGCCCCCCCAUGGCACCACUCCUUGCUGGGAGGUGGGGAAUGAAAUAAAAAUGUGGUCUCUUUUAUAAUUUCACCCUCCUACAGGUUUGUUGUUCACCCUUGGUGCCAGCUCCCUCUGUUUUCCAUUAAAUAUUUUGCUGAAGAAUGGAAAAACCCUUCUUAUAAAGACUAAAAAUAAGGGAAUUGCUGAAGUGUGGUGAUUAAUGGUAGAAGAACAGCAUGAUGAGGUUAAAUCUGGAUGAGAUGAUGAUGUGGCGGUGACACAGUGUGAUGAUGUCAUGCUCAGCCAUGACGUACUUUCCACAAGCUGCAACUGGCAAGCAACAUGAGGAUGGAGGGAGCAUCCUUCCUCUUGUCUGAGCUCACUCACUGCAGUGUCAGGUGAGCCAGGCAGGGCAGUUUUGCAGAGAUAUUUAACAGACACCCAAAAGGUGCCAGUACCCAGUUCCAGCCGUGGGGCUUGGCAGUCCCAUUGGAAGGAAUGAGGCUGGGUGCUGCUGCCCUUCUCCAGUCCUUGCCCACCAUGACAUGACCUUGCUGGUGGGGUCCCUGCCCCAGCUUUGAGUGGUACUACCACAGCCUGUGGUGGGAGCAUGUGCCAUGCCAGAGCUGGGUCUUGCUCCACUGCAGCCAGUGGCUGUUGUCUGUUUGCUGCUCAGGACGUUUGGCUCCUGCAGCCUGCUCUCACACCACCCUCCUGGGCAGUGGAAUUAAAAGGCUUCAACAC